UAAAUCGUUAAAUUCGUUUUGAUGACCCUCCAUCCAAGUGAUUUUUCAAAAAUUAAACUUGCUUUCAGCUUAACAUGUUUUUAGAACUUUGUUUAAUAAAGCAGAAUGCCGUGUAGCAACGUUUUUAAGUAUAAACCUUUAAGUUGUUUAAAUCUUUGAUUUGAGUUUAAAAGUUGAUUGAAAUGGCGGAAUACUUUGGAAAACUAGAAGAACUGAAAGGUGAAGACGUUUAUAAAUACAAUAAUGAUAUCUUAAAAGAAGCACAAAGAUGCGGUUCAAUACCAGUGUUGCUAUUUUUUUGGAAGAAGUAUCAAACGUAUCCAAGGACAAUGGAGUCGCCGUAUGAUAUUCAACCGUAUAUACCUUACGAUUUAACUGUGAAGUUACUUAAAGAAAAAUACAAUCACUCUAUAGAAAACGAUUUGAUCACAUAUUUCUAUAAUUCACUGCAUAAACUUAUGUACGUUAAUAACCAUGUGUUUGAACUAACAGAGGGCGUUAUCGUUUACUUUUCCGGUGGAAUGCUUGUUUCUUCGCUUGACGGUGAAAACAAAGUUGAAUACAAGAUUGAAGCUUCUCAAUUACAUCACGUGUUCAGUAAUUAUAAAAUCUUUUUUCUCCCGGGAAAAGAGAAUGUUGUAAUGGAAUUUAUUGAAUCCAUCACAUUUUUAAAAAGCAAAGAAGUAGUCCCCGAAGCAUGUUUACAAAUGAUAUGUAAAAAUCAAUACGGUUUUUAUUUGACGGCAAUAAAAAUCAAAAAACCAGUGAUUACUGAUAUGAAGCUUCAUUAUGGGGAGGAAUUUGAAAAGGUUCAUGAAACUAUUUUAGCUGGGUUGAAACAGGAAUCUGCACACGGAUUAAUAUUGCUACACGGUUUACCUGGUAGUGGAAAAACACAUUAUAUUCGUUAUUUGAUUCAGGAAAUAACUGACAAACAAUUAAUUUAUGUCCCACCUGACAUGACAGCAACCAUAUCAUCACCUGACUUUUUACCGUUUAUGCUCCAAAACACCAAUUCUAUUUUAAUUAUUGAAGAUGCUGAGAACAUAAUCAAGUCCAGAGAUUCAAAAGAAACAACAACGCAAGCUGUCGCUAAUUUAUUGAAUUUAUCAGACGGUCUUCUUGGGGACUCGCUUCAUCAGCCAAUAAUUGCUACAUUUAAUUGUGAAUUAAAUGCAAUUGAUCCGGCACUGUUGAGAAAAGGUCGUUUAAUUUCACAAUAUGAAUUUGGAAAGCUAACUAUUGAAAAUGCACAAAAAUUGUCGGAUCAACUUGGUUUUACAACAAAAAUUUUAGAAUCUAUGACACUUGCCGAUAUUUACGGACAAGAGAAGUGAAUUAAAUAGAAUUAGCUUAGUAAAACAAUUUCAUUAAAAAUUCAGUAGUAUUUAUAUAUUUGAUUUUUUGUAGUAAAAUUAAUAUUGGAUACGAAAUAACUUUAUUAGAAAAUUGA